AUGGCGGCCCCGGCCAAGGCGCCCCCGGCCCAGCCUCUGCCCGCUGCCUGCGGGGGUCGUGGCUCCUCCUCCGCCGCUCUGCAGUCGGUGAGGCCGGCGCUUCCGGGUUCCCGCCCUGAGAAGCACGCGACGGCAUCAACACGUGACACGGCCGCUCCCUCCCCAAAGAGUCGCCGCCGCUCGGCAAGAGGCUCACCACUUCCGGCUCUCAGGCGAGGGCGUCUGUGGCGAGGCUGGGGGAGCGGGGGAGGGACCGCAGCGGGGUCACAAAGCCGCCAUUCCCACCCUCUGUCGCCCCCCGCUGUAAUUGCAAGAGAUCUCCAGCCACCGCCUGGAGAUUGGCAAACUCCCUCUGGGGACUUUGAGUCCUCCUUUUCCUCCCAGAAGGGUCGAGCGGGCGCCGGAAGUGGGUGCUGCUGCUGCUCCCGCCGCGCUGGCGCAACUCUAGGCGCGGGGCUGUCGUGCCUCCGCCUACUGUACGGGUGCCGCAGCGGGCCAAUCGCGGGCGUCCCUCCCGCCCGGGGCUGCUUUGCGCCCGGCAUGGAGCUUUGCGGAGGGGACGCCGCCUGGAGCAGGUCUCGGGGGCGAAGGAAGCGGCGGGAGAGGAGGAGGAGGAGGGACCGGGACGGGGCUCCGGACGAGCAGGAAGAGGAGCGGCAGAGGCAGCGCCUGCAAGAGGCGCGGGCAGAAUUGUUGGACUCCACUUUCUGGGAUUCUAGUCUGAGAAUCCUCUUGAGAUCCGUGCAAGGAGUCCUGUCGUGCAGGAAAGAGAUGCCCACUGGAGAAGAUGCCCUCUUGGCCUUGGAGGAGCUGCAGCUGUGCCCGCCAGCCUGCCUGCCUGGCAGAGGGAGCUUGCAGUGUGUGUGUUAUGGCCUGGGCAACUUCUCGUCCUGCUUCAAAGCCCGCUUCCAGCUGGCCUUCCUGCUGCUGCUGCUGAAACAGCUCCAGAUUCCCCAGGAGCAAUGCUGCAUCUUUGAUCCCGUGUUCUCCGUGCUGGAGAGGGAUGUUCUCCGCAGCCUCGGCCUUUCUGUUCUCUCGCGCAAUGAGGAGGGGAAGCGAGCGGUCCACGAGCCCACCGUUUACUACAUGAUCCAUUGUGGGAAGGCGCUCUACAACAACCUUCUCUGGAGCAACUGGUCAGCAGAGGCCUUGUCCAAAAUGGUCAUCAUUGGCAACAGUUUCAAGGGGAUUGAAGAAAGGGUGCCCAGCAGGAUACUCGAAACGGAUUAUGCUUACAUUGCAAUGAUUUUAACGGCUACCGAAGAAGCCGCCCUCCCUCUUCACGCCCAGUAUCUGGAUGUCUUCAAUGACACCGCUGUCCACCGCUUUCCUUGGCCCAAGCUGCAGCAGGUGCCCAGAGAGAUCUGGAACUUCCGGGAGGAGCCAGUUCACCAGGCCGAGGAGGAGCAGUCAGAAAUCAUCUGGAACAGUGAUGGCACUUAGCUGCAGACAGAUUGGCCAGCAGGCGGAACUGACUGCAGGCUGCAGACUCUUCCUGGCUUUCUCCCAGACGGGGGUGGAGUUCCCCAUUUAGCAGCAGCUGGAGCAGAGGCCUGACCGAGUCAUCUGUCGCUUUGGCAGCACGAAGGCUGAAGCUGUUGCGUGAGGGGCUCUGCGCAGGACAAAACUGGGAGAGGCUUUGGCUUCGGUGGGAUUUUCUUGAGUCCUUCAAGGGACCCAGCACAGUUGGUACCCCAUUUCCUCCCUCAGGCUCUUGUGCCACCUGCACUACUCCGCUUUGCUUGAACGGCUGCUGCAUCAGCCAAAGAAAGAGGCGGCUGUUCUAACUUCCCACAAACUGUGUGUGUGUAUUUAAAAAAAUGGUUUCAAAUUGUGACCUUUUAAAACCGUUUAACAUAGUUUUAAACUAUGA